ACCAACCAACGCGAACAUCUCGUGCGUGGGAAAGAAAGACGAAGGUUGAAAUAGCGCGCGGUGUCAGCCGCCGGACGAGAAAACGUAAGCGUUCCAGGCACAACGUCUGCAGAUUCUGCUGUUACCCUGACCGGAAUGUACUCGCCCGGGCUUGGACCGACUCAUCAGCGAGGUAGGAGGGCUCUGUACCCGGCCACAUUCCGUAAUAUGGCGCCCUACGAGGACGCGUACCUGGACCACGACAUGUGUUAUCCGGUCCUGACACCACCAUCGCAGGAUCCGUUCGUGGACUCGCCGAACAUGCUGUCUGGAAUGGGCCCCCUGUCCGACACGGUGAGCGAUGGCUCCUCCCCGGUAUCUAGCCACACUGCGUCAGCAAACGGCUGCAACGGCGAUGAAGACAGUGAUGACAAUGGUCCAUUUUCGAAGCUGCUGACCUCUCCAGAGAUUCUGGCAGACAACAACAACGAAGGCAGCGCUGACGACGUGUGCGUCCUGCACAAGCAAGCGCAACGUGAUCCCAAGGAACCGCAGAGACCCGUGUCUGCCUACGCGCUGUUCUUCCGCGAAACUCAAGCUGCCAUCAAAGAGCAGAAUCCCCACGCCAGCUUCGGCGAGUUGUCGCAGAUAGCGGCCUCCAUGUGGGAGGGACUCGAGGCGGAGCAAAAGCUGGCGUACAAGAGGAAGACGAAAGCUGCCAUGAAGGAAUACCGCAGGACCCUCGCAGAUCACAGGUCCGGCCUCGCCACAAACGGCGCUGCUGACCAGCUGGACAUAGACCGAAGGAGCGGGUACGCGAGUUCGCCGGGCGCUAUGCGGACGCCACCAAGGGGCAGCAUGUCGCCUCUACAGAACAGCAACCCGCUGCUGAGCUCCGCCAUGGACGAGGGCUCCCCGCGUAGCUACAUGGUGGCGGCGUCUCCCGAAGACGUGCUCAGAACUCAGCAUCAGCGGCAGCAUCGUCCCAUGGCACUGAGCUCACCGUUGAUGUUCCAGAAACCGAAGCGGGUGUCAAGGAUGCCGAAACACUGCUCCCUUCAGGCGGUGAUGAAUUCGGCUCCACCUUCGUCCCCUUCCUGCGCAACUCACCUGACGCCUCAGCGGUCACCGUCACUCUGCAGCCAGGCGUCCGGCAGCGGUGGAGGCAUGCCAAACAACCAGCUUCCGGUGCCGAUGGUAAACACUUUCAGCCGGUGCCGCCGUACCGGCUGUCCCAAUCCGCCCGUUGCUUCGCAUGAGUGGGACGUUGAGUACUGCAGCAGCGAGUGCGUCAUCUUGUACAGCAAGAACGUGUUCUCGGCCUGGGUAGCACAACGGCAGAUUGCCGACCGCAGCCUGCCGCAGUGAACCACGCAGUACCGCAGUUUCACGUUGCUUAAAGAAGCCGAGCCUCCUCGCUCUCUGUGUGGUGACACUACGCAGGACAUCCUGCUCCCCUCUUUUGACCUUUCUGAUUUUCUUCCUUAAAACAUUCCUUCACAGCGGCACGUCAUAUCUAUACAGCGGAUUUUUGUUGAGUACAACAUCAUUUAUUUCUACUUUCAUAACAAGACGGCACCUUCAUAGUGCUCGCUCUACUGUGUGCAAUAAAG